CGCACAUCCGGUCAGCUCCUGUAUAUAAGCCGAAUCAUCCUCACCUCAGAACACUUCGUUCUCAGAGAAGUUCAGAGAUCGAUAUUUCAGCAUGAAGGGUCUGUGCGGACUUGUGGUGGGUUUGCUGCUGGUUACUGAGACUCUGUGCGGGGUACGGGAGGAUCUGGACGCUAUAAAAUGCGUCCGAAGACGGUCGCUGGAUGGCGUGCUCGGACGGUCCAAGAGAUGCGCUGGUGGUAGCGGCGGUGGAGGCGGCAUCGAAAGGAUAACGGUGAUAGGACAGCCGAUCCAUGACCCGUUCAUCGGCGUCAUCUCGGACCCCGGCGCUAUCCGGGACUUUCUCGACAAUUUUGGCGGGAACGGAGGCGGACUGGACCAUGGUGAGGGAGGAGGGGGAGGCCCAGCUGAGCAACAGCAGGAUCAAGAUUGUUUCGGGGACGUGGAUAAAGUUGACACCACCGGAGCUUCACAGGCAACGGCGGGACAAGACGGACUGUCUACCACAGGUGUUGAUGCUUCCAAUGCGCUUGCGCAGAAUGAUUUAAACCGUCUGAACCAGUACAAGAAUCAGAUCAACGCCGUCUCCAAGGCAACGGGUAUGGACGCCGCCAUCAUUGCUGCCAUCAUCUCGCGAGAGUCACGUGCCGGCAACGCCCUGCAGAACGGAUAUGGUGACCAUGGCAACGGUUUUGGGCUCAUGCAGAUUGACCGUCGUUACCACAACACCCAAGGCGCCUGGGACAGCACGGAACAUCUGACCCAGGCUGUCGGCAUCCUUCAGGGCUUCAUCCAGGGCGUCAGCAACUGUCACCCCUCGUGGAACAGCGAGGAGGUGCUGAAAGGCGGGAUCUCUGCCUACAACGCGGGGGUUGGGAACGUGCGCAGCUACGACCGGAUGGACGUGGGAACGACGGGGAACGACUACGCCAAUGACGUCAUCGCACGAGCCAAGUACCUGAAGAGUAAAGGGUUCGGUGAUCCCAAGGAUCAGGAGUGCCAAGGCGGUUCCAACAGAAGGCGUCGGUCCUCCGGCUGCCCGUACAGCUGGUACAACCCCCUGGAACGCCCGCCCAGCUCCUCCGGGUCCCAACAGUCCGGCGGCGGCGGGGGGAGACACACGGCCGGGGGAGGCGGAGGGUACGUCCCCAUCGUGGACGACUUCUCAGGACCCCGCUGCACUGGCUUCAGAUGUCGGCAAAUCCCGUGAUGAAAAUCAGUUCCUAUAUAUAACCCUACCACGUUCGGCAAGUGUUUUGUCUUGUUCAUAAGUAUCCCCAGACAACUGUCCGAUGUAGUGGCUUCAGAUGUCGUCAAAUCCCGUCAUCAAAUCAGUCCCUGAAUAUUCUUACAACUACCACGUUUGGUUGUGUUGAAGUGCACUGAGUAUAUUAUUUCAAUAUAUGACUGUUUCUGUAUAUGACUGUACAGACUGUUUCAUCAAAGUUGUACAAACCAAAUAGACAAUAUAAAUCAAUACAAUGCAAUGAUGCAAUUCUGUAAUCAUCUUAUUACAAAUUGUAUGCUAGCAAUAGAAAUAAACAAAGAUGUGUUAAUCUCAAUGUUUUCUUACAAGAAUGUGCAAUACAUGGGGAAUGUUUUAUACAAUGUCAGCAUAAGGAUAGAUCUGUCGGAUUUUUAAGAAAUGAAUCUAGUUUAUUAAUUUCAGUGAUAAAUAUGCAUUCUUACAGCUUCUGUACUAUUUUCCAUAUCAUAAAUAGAAUGAUAAAGAUGACAUUCAAGUAAAAGAUAUUGACAAAUAACUGUUUUCAUUCCUGAACAGCAAAGUUCUUUAUUCACAACCACUUCAUCAACAAGAGCUGAUGUUUCAAUAACCGUCUGUCAUCUUCAUCAGGGCAGUUAUGACUGGCAAAUGCCUUCAUUUAUUGUCCUGGUGAAGAUGGCAUACAGUCAUCAAAAUGUUGGUUCUUGAUGAAAUUAUUCAUGGAUGUUUUCAUCAUUGUUACAAACACAUUUGUAUAUGUGAAAAAAAUCUUCAAGCUUUCAAUGUCUCCUUGUUUGCCACAAUAAAAUGUAGCCUUUUUCUAUAACUUGA